UCAUCGCUUUUCAGUGUACGUGGAUUUUAAGGCAGCUUUCUUAGAUCCAAAACACAAUAUAAACUAGGUUCCGAUGAAAAGCGGCCACUGAAUCGAACCAGAAAUCCCCAGCCAGAUAACAGCCGGAAAGCGUCGGCGGUCGACCCAAGUAAAUGUGCCUGCCCACAGCCAGCGCUGAUCAGCUCGAGUCCACCACAACCACAACCCCAGCCCCCGUUUCCUCUGGUCGAUAGCCAUUCAUUAUUGAUGAUGGCCCCCACCCGCCGUCCCAGCGACGGCCUGCUGGCCCGUGUGAACUUCCCGCUGUACGCCGUGGACAUGUUGACCAGCCGCCACAUCCUUGUGGCCGGUGGCGGUGGCUCUAGCAAGACUGGAGUGGCGAACGGCUUUGAGAUCUACGAGCUGUACCACAACGGGAGCCACUUCUGCGCAGAGGAGGUGCUGCGCCACGAGACGGGCGCCAACGUGGUGAUGAACUUCGCCGUGCGCAACGGCGGCAGGAGGGCCUACCUCUGCGCCGGCCAGGAGGCGCACUGCCAGAUGUACUACGUCCAGCCGCGCGUUCAGUCCGAGGAGGAUGGCAACGGGAACGGAGUCGCGAGCGGAGAAGGAAAGCCUGCGCCGACAGAACGGCCGCACGAGAACGGCAAUUUGCGACAGCGCAACGCGCACUCUGGCGUGGAGCCGGUGGCCAACGGGCAUAAGCCGCCCCUCUCCACAGCCGACAUACUGCGCCAGUUCCAGCGACUGCACUUCGACAUUCAGGCAGCGGACGUGGUGCAGACGGACUUCCUCAAGGGCGAGCCCUUGCAGCGCGUAGUACGCAUUAGCGGCAACGGUCGACUGAUGGCCACCGGCGGCACGGACGGAAAGUUGCGCGUCUGGACCUUUCCCCAGAUGACUCUGGCCGCAGAGCUGGCCGCGCACAGCAAGGAGAUCGACGACCUGGACUUCAGUCCCAACAGCAAGCUCAUUGCCAGCAUAUCGAAGGAUGCCCAGGGAUUGGUGUGGGACCUGCAGAGCGGCCAGCUGCAGCACAAGCUCCAAUGGAAAACGCCCGAGGGGGCCAAGUACCUGUUCAAGCGAUGCCGGUACGGGACUGUGGAGGCGCAGAAGGACCACUUCCGCCUCUUCACCAUCGCGAAUCCGCUGGGCAAGGUGGGCCGGCAGCGGGGCUUCCUGCAGCACUGGGACUGUGCCAGCGGACAACUGCGCCAGUCGGUCGCCAUCGACGAGAGCCUCUCAUCCCUCGCGGUGCGGGACGACGGGCGGUUCGUAGCCGUUGGAACCAUGUUCUCGGGCAGCGUCUCCAUGUACAUAGCGUUCAGCCUGCAGCGCGUGCUCCACAUUCCCCAUGCACACUCCAUGUUCGUCACGGGACUUCAGUUCCUGCCCAUCACCAACGAGGAGGGACCGCCCAUCUCCAGCGAUACUGAAGCAGCCGUGCUGUCCAUUUCCGUGGACAACAAAGUCUGCAUCCACAGUCUACCGCAAAGGCGUACAAUCCCCGCCUGGGUUGGCAUUGCCUUUCUGAUCGUCAUGAUCUUCGCCGUGUUCGUGCUUUGCUCCUACAUUGGGAUCUGAUAUUCAAUGGAAAGAAGAGAGUUAAAUUAAUUUGCAUCGUUAGUUUGUAAACAGGGUUUAGUUCUUCAAUAAGCCACAAGUCUCUUUAGCACUCCGCCUUGUCCCACCCUCCAUCUGGUUAAUUAAUUUAAGUGUAUAGUUUGUGCCGGCUGCCUUAUCUCCUAUACUAAUUGCAAUGUUCGCUUAGUUGUACCAUAAUUUGCUUAUCUCUCUAGCCCCCGUAGACGAAGAGUUGCUCGUUUGGCAGCUCCGCCAGUUGUACAUUUUUGUUUAAUUAAAUGGUAUUUAAUUAUAAAACAAACAGGUGACUGCCGCACUAGCAGGUUAAUGAAAUGUACAUUUAUUUUUAUAAUCAUAAUGUUAGAUAAUCGAACUGUGGUGGGUGUAGCACACCAACCUUAUAGUCACAAUUGAAUGAUAUAAACAAUAUUGUUCCGAUGUUCCA